CCCCGUCUCAUGCAUCGUGCAUACACUAACGCCACUUUGACGCCCACAUGCAAACCACGCACCACUCUAAUAACGUUCCCACAUUAUUGUAACACCCUUCUCCCUGUCACCUCCUCACCGCUCCUCAUACUCUCAUGGAGGAGCGGGUGUUGUUGCCAUCACCGCCACCGCCACCGCCACCUCUCGAAAAGAAACAUAGUACUAACAAACUCGAGUUACCAGACUUCAACCCUGGCACCUACGUUGUCCAGGUCCCCAAGGACCAAGUCUACCGUGUUCCGCCGCCGGAAAACGCCCGAAUCGCCGAGAGCCAUAAGAAAGCCCCUCCCAAGGCGGCGAAAACGUCACGCUGCUGCUUGUUUUGCGUAUUGUUCUUCAUUAUAUUCUUCGUCCUUCUCAUUCUUCUAGGAGCCGUUCUAGGUGGUCUUUUUUCCAUGUUACUCACACCAAAGGACCCUCAGUUUUCCAUCACACGCUUUAAGGUGGUGGAGACCAAACCCCACCCCAAAUACGACGUCACUUUGGAAGUUCACAAUCUAAAUUCCGACGUGGGAGUUUCGUAUAAAAACAAAGGCCAUGUCUCCCUCUCUCUUAGGCGACAAGAGGUUGCUUCAGGAGCGUACCCUAGUUUCAAUCAAGACGCUCACGAUAGGACAACGUUUGGCGUAACUUUAACAUCCUCAAAAGUCGGUCUCCCAAAGGAGGUGGAGGAAAGCGUCACGAACGAUAAGAAGAAAGUGAAUGUGACAUUCUCUUUGGCCAUUCACGCCCUAGCACGCAUGAAAAUGGGCUUGUUGCGUAGUGGGACAAUGAAAUUCGAUGUUACGUGCAAUGUGAAGUUGGAUACAUUGGCCAAAACCACUCAAGUACUCUCUCAACAAUGCGAAACUAAACGACACUAGCUAGCUUCGUAGAUAUAUAUAUCCAUGUCUUGUUUACUUGACUUUCAUUUCAGGUGUUUCGAAGUUUUUUCUACGGUAAUGUUUUGGUUUAUUUUUUACCAAACUUCCGUACGUAUUGUAGUAAUCGCAAAAGGUUUUAUGUAUAUAAGUCUUAAAUAUUUGUUA